GCACCUUUGACCUCCAGCACUGUCAACAGUAAGCUGCUCACUGAGGUGCCAGCGAGACCAAAUCCACCAGCAGCAACCGGUUUGUCACAUGACCAGCGUGCAGCUCUCUACGCCUGUGUGUGUAUGUGUGUGUGUGUGUGUGUGUAUGUGAGGCUUUUUAUUUCCGUGUUCACCGAGUGGAGAGCUGAGCUGAAUGAGUCUCCACGGCCGCUCUGUGUCUGUCUUUCACGCCGCGAAACUGCUGCGUCUCCGUGCGGGGAUCUGUCGCGCGGGGGGAAGCUCGCGCAAUCGCAUCGCCUGGACCCACGCUGCUGCACCACCACCACCACCACCAUGCUUACGCGGGUGAAAUCGGCGGUGGCCAAUUUCAUGGGAGGUAUGAUGGCUGGAGGCUCCAACGGGGACCAUCCCGGCGGCUCGGAUCUGCCGCUGAGGUUCCCGUACAGCAGACCGGAGUUCCUGGGGCUGUCUCCGGACGAGAUCGAGUGCUCGGCGGACCACAUCGCGAGACCGAUCCUCAUCCUGAAGGAGACCAAGCGGCUGCCGUGGUCCACCGGCUACGCAGAGGUCAUCAAUGCAGGAAAGAGCACAUUAAACGAGGACCAGGCCUGCUGUGAGGUGCUGGUGGUCAAAAGGAGACCUGCAGGAAGCUCCACGCCCAACCGGACCCCCACGACCCGCAGGAGGUCUUCCCUGCCCAACGGAGAGGGUUUGGGCCUCCGGGAGUGCCUGGAGAGCUCCGAGGACCUGACCUUGCACUACUGGGCGUUGUUCGACGGCCACGCCGGCUCUGGUGUGGCUGUAGUGGCCUCCCGCCUACUGCAUCACCACAUCGCCCUACACCUCCAGGAGGUGUUGGAGAUCCUCAGCAAUCCGAACCUGUUGCCCCCGACGUGCCUGGGGGAGGAGCCCAUCAAUCAUCACCUCACCCCGACGUCCCAGCGCGCCCUCACCAGGGCUGCCUCACUGCGCGGCGCUGCAGGUGCUCCGGGCUCACCCAGCACCCCGCCCACACGCUUCUUUACCGAGAAGAAAGUUUCCCAUGAGAGCCUGGUGAUAGGUGCCAUAGAGAACGCUUUCAAAGACAUGGAUGUGCAGAUAGAAAAGGAGAAGGCAAUUUACAACAUCUCGGGUGGCUGCACAGCUCUGGUGGUCGUUUAUUUGCUCGGGAAGCUCUACGUUGGGAACGCUGGCGACAGCAGAGCUAUCAUUAUCCGGGCCGGGGAAGUCAUCCCCAUGUCAGCAGAGUUCACACCGGAGUCAGAGAGACGGCGUCUGCAGUUCCUGGCCUACAUGCAGCCUCACUUAUUAGGGAACGAGUUUACACAUCUGGAAUUCCCGAGAAGAGUCCAGAGGAAGGAGGUGGGGAAGAGGAUGCUGUAUCGUGACUUCACUAUGGCAGGAUGGGCGUAUAAAACCAUUGAGGACGAUGACCUGAAGUUUCCCCUGAUCUACGGCGAAGGGAAGAAGGCUCGUGUGUUGGCGACCAUCGGAGUCACCCGAGGUCUUGGGGAUCACAAUCUCAAAGUGCACGACUCCAACAUCUACAUUAAGCCCUUCCUGUCCUGCUGCCCGGAGGUCAAAGUCUACCCACUGACGCAGUGCGAGCAUGGAGCCGACGACGUUCUGGUGCUGGGAACGGACGGCCUGUGGGACGUCCUCUCUAACCAGGAAGUAGCCGAGGCAGUCACCUGUUUCCUGGCAAACUGCGACCCAGACGACCAGCACAGGUACACAAUGGCAGCACAAGACCUGGUAAUGAGAGCACGAGGGGUGCUGAAGGAUCGAGGCUGGAGGAUAUCAAAUGACAGAUUAGGCUCCGGCGAUGACAUUUCUGUCUACAUCAUUCCCCUCAUGUACGGAAACAAGCAGAACUAGCCAAGCUGCCGAUCUACAGCCACCAUGGAAACAAAAAACCCUGCCUUGAUCCUUCAACUUCACUUCUGCAGUUUCCCCUUCAUCCCCUUGUGCUCUUUUUAAAAGUGCUUUAGUGUGGACUUCCUCCACAGCUGAGGGAUCCAAGGUGUAUCUGGUCAGAGAUUUCUGUCCAGGUCGUUCUCUCCUUGAUCAUCGUCAGUCUGGAUGAUCUCUCUCUUUCUCCUUUUUUUGUCAGGUCCUUUUUUUUUUUUUUUUAUAGAAAUGAAACAGAACGGUGAAAGGGACUGUUGAGGAGCUGAGAAAUGGAUUUGUUUUGUUUGUUUUUUUUUAAAUCUCGAGGAAGCCAUCGUGAAUCUCGUUGUGGGGUCGAGAGCGAGGACUCUCACCGAUGAGAUGGUGAAGUGCAUCUCAGGACUGCUGUUACUAACUAAUGCACAAUAUUUAUAAAUGUGAACAUUGUAAAUACUCCCAAGUGUAAGACAUUUGAUAAGUGUAUCCGGUUCAACACCUGCACAGUGUAAAAAAAACAAAACAAACUAACCUGACUGAUGUCCUGCAUAUAUAAACGGUAGCUCCUCAGUCCUCAUGUAGAGCUUUCUAAUUAGCCAAGUUCAGUCAUGUGGGAUUGUUAGUCUGAUGUCCAUAAGAGACAAAAAAACACAAGCCAGUUUGUCAGCUGGCUCUCCUUAUGCUGCAGUAGCUAUUUUUGUUCAGUUGUACCCCUUGCGUUGCAAUACUGUGCUCACUAUGAAGAAAAGCCUCUUGCUUGAAGAAUAAACUAAUCGGAGGAGCCACCUUCAAGAUUUUUGUACCCAUUACAUGUGAGACGACCCCCACAAUCUUGUCAUUCCAUCGUUAUCGAGACACGCUUUUUUUCUUCCUUUCAUUUAGAUUUAUGAAGGAAUAACAAAAAGUCUUUCUAUUGCACUUAUUCACCAUCAGCCAUCUACCUCAUAAUUUUCUUCCUUUCAGUGUAUUACACACCAAACAUGUUAUUUUUUUCUCCUCAAGUGGCUGUUUGCAUUCAUCAUCAGCCGCUACGUGUGCCAUUAUUCACUUACACUGUUGUGAUUUGCUCAUGUACCUGCACCAUUUGUAAAAUGUCUUCAGAAAACGCACUGAAGCAAAAAAAAAAAAAAGCUUCACAGGGAACUGUGAGGUUAUACUGUUGUAGAAAAUAUAUAUUUUUUUUUAUACAUUAUGCUCAAUAAACCUCGGGAGCCCGAGGACCAAGUGAAGACAUUGUUUUCUCUCCUGUGUUUAUGACUUAAGAACUGCUGGGAAAAAAGUUGAGUUUAAGUUCCUUCAGUGUUUUUACUUCCAUCUUUUUUUUCCAUCUUCCCAUAAAUAAAGUGAAAUUGGGAAAGCGUGAUAAAACAUGUUGGCACUCAGUUUUACAAAAAGAUUUCCUCCCUCUUUGUUUUAACACAUGAAUGUUUUUUUGUAUGCAAAGUUUUUUGAAAAGUUUCAGUUUUACACGUGAAAACACUCAACUGUUUUUUUUCUUUUUUGACUGUUUCACAUCAUGAAAAAAGUAAUUGUGAAAAUACUUUUAUUGUUCUGUUUACAGAUGGAAAAAAAGUUAAGGAACUGAGAAAGAUGAUGCCAGCAAAACAUUUUUUUUCCCACCAGUUAUUAAUAAACACAGAACAGAAAGCUAUUUAGAUCAGACUUAAGAAAUGGAUCACCAGAAAAAUAAAUCUUCACCUGCCCUCAGGGCUUCCAUGAAACCCUAUUAUGAAGCCAUUCUUUUGACCUUUUCUAAGUAUCAGUUGUAUAUAUUAUCUGAAUUAGGACAAACCCUUCCUCGUGCAUAGCUGGUGCCUCUAACAGUGAGAAUCGCUCUGAUCUUUACCAUGUGUUCCAUAAAAUGAAGUAUAAAUACGGUUAAAUAGACAGCACUUAGCUUGUGUCUCUACAAUCAAUAUUGUUCCCUGAUUCAGUGGUCUUCCACAGUUUAGUUUAUUAAGUUUAGUUGUAGUUUUCAACUUCUACUAAUUGUGCACAAAUGUCGUAUCUUAACUGCUGUACGAGUGGCUGAAACUGGUGAAACGUGGAACAGAGUAACUUAAUUUAAAUGUACAAAAUGUAAAUAACCGUUUCAGUGGACACUUCUUUCUUUGACUGUAAGUGAUGUACAUCUUACUGAAACAAAAUACGUAAUUUGUACCGUUUUGAAAAUCGAGAACAGUGUAAAAAAAAUGGUUUACAUGCUCACUUUUCUGCUCAAUUAAAAAAUGAUGACCGUUUCUGACCUUUUAACCUUCUUCCA